CGGGAGCUGCGUUGGCUGCGGCCUGGCACCAAGGGGGCGGCCCCGGCGGAGUGCAGACCCAGUGUUCCCCGGCGAUUAUGGACCCGGCCGAGGCGGUGCUGCAGGAGAAAGCGCUCAAGUUUAUGUGCUCUAUGCCCAGGUCUCUGUGGCUGGGCUGCUCCAGCCUGGCGGACAGCAUGCCUUCGCUGCGAUGCCUGUAUAACCCAGGGACUGGCGCACUCACAUCUUUCCAGAAUUCCUCAGAGAGAGAAGACUGUAAUAAUGGCGAACCCCCUAGGAAGAUAAUACCAGAGAAGAAUUCACUUAGACAGACUUACAAUAGCUGUGCCAGACUCUGCUUAAACCAAGAAACAGUAUGUCUAGCAAGCACUGCUAUGAAGACUGAAAAUUGUGUGGCCAAAACAAAACUUACCAAUGGCACUUCCAGUAUGAUUGUGCCCAAGCAACGGAAACUCUCGGCAAGCUAUGAGAAGGAAAAGGAACUGUGUGUCAAAUAUUUUGAGCAGUGGUCAGAGUCCGAUCAAGUGGAAUUUGUGGAACAUCUUAUAUCCCAAAUGUGUCAUUACCAACAUGGGCACAUAAACUCGUAUCUUAAACCUAUGUUGCAGAGGGACUUCAUAACUGCUCUGCCAGCUCGGGGUUUGGAUCACAUUGCUGAGAACAUUCUGUCAUACCUGGAUGCCAAAUCACUAUGUGCUGCUGAACUUGUGUGCAAGGAAUGGUACCGAGUGACAUCUGAUGGCAUGUUAUGGAAGAAGCUCAUUGAGAGAAUGGUCAGGACAGAUUCUCUGUGGAGAGGCCUGGCAGAACGAAGAGGGUGGGGACAGUAUUUAUUCAAAAACAAACCUCCUGAUGGGAAUGCUCCUCCCAACUCUUUUUAUAGAGCACUUUAUCCUAAAAUUAUACAAGACAUUGAGACAAUAGAAUCUAAUUGGAGAUGUGGAAGACACAGUUUACAGAGAAUCCACUGCCGAAGUGAAACAAGCAAAGGAGUUUACUGUUUACAGUAUGAUGAUCAGAAGAUAGUAAGCGGCCUUCGAGACAACACAAUCAAGAUCUGGGAUAAAAGCACAUUGGAAUGCAAGCGAAUUCUCACAGGCCACACCGGUUCUGUCCUGUGUCUCCAGUAUGAUGAGAGGGUGAUCAUAACUGGAUCAUCGGAUUCCACAGUCAGGGUGUGGGAUGUAAAUACAGGUGAAAUGCUAAACACGUUGAUUCACCAUUGUGAAGCAGUUCUGCACUUGCGUUUCAAUAAUGGCAUGAUGGUGACCUGCUCCAAAGACCGUUCCAUUGCUGUGUGGGAUAUGGCCUCCCCAACUGACAUCACCCUCCGGAGGGUGUUAGUUGGACACCGAGCUGCCGUCAAUGUUGUAGACUUUGAUGACAAGUACAUUGUUUCUGCAUCUGGGGAUAGGACUAUAAAGGUAUGGAACACAAGUACUUGUGAGUUUGUCAGGACCUUAAAUGGACACAAACGCGGCAUUGCCUGUUUGCAGUACAGAGACAGGCUGGUUGUGAGUGGCUCGUCUGACAACACUAUCAGAUUAUGGGACAUAGAAUGUGGUGCAUGUUUACGAGUGUUAGAAGGGCAUGAGGAGUUGGUGCGCUGUAUUCGAUUUGAUAACAAGAGGAUAGUCAGUGGGGCCUAUGAUGGAAAAAUUAAAGUGUGGGAUCUUGUAGCUGCUUUGGACCCCCGUGCUCCUGCAGGGACUCUCUGUCUACGGACCCUUGUGGAGCAUUCUGGAAGAGUUUUCCGACUUCAGUUUGAUGAAUUCCAGAUUGUCAGUAGUUCACAUGAUGACACAAUCCUCAUCUGGGACUUCCUAAAUGAUCCAGCUGCCCAAGCUGAACCCCCCCGCUCCCCUUCUCGAACAUACACCUAUAUCUCGAGAUAAAUAAUCAUACACUGACCUCAUACUUGCCCAGGACUUGUUAAAGUUGCGGUAUUUAACGUAUCUGCCAAUACCAGGAUGAGCAACAACAGUAACAAUCAAACAACUACCCACUUUCCCUGGACUAGCCAAGGAGUGGGGCUUUAAGACUCCUGUUGGGACACAGUUGGUCUGCAGUCGACCCAGGAUGGUCUACUCAACACAGCUGACUGCUUCCGUGCUGCUAUCAGAAGAUGUCUUUUAUCUUUCGUGAAUGAUUGGAACUUUUAAAUCUCACCUCGCCUCCCUUUUCCUUUCCCCUCUGCACCUGUUUUUUCCUCAUUUGGUCCCAGACAAAGACGACUUAUAAAUAUAUUUAGUGUUUUGCCAGAA